CCACAAACCGUCUUUCACCUUCCACAAGAGAAGGACAUUACGAGCAAAAUGCUGGCGAUUCCUAAGAAUCAGUUUGCUUCGGCCGUGAAGCAGAUUUCAAGUUUAUCUUUGAAACCUACUUCCGUUACAGCCGUUGUUCAUCAUGAAUCGCCUGCAAUUGUGAAGAAAACAGAGUCCGUUGCAAGCUCAGUAAAAACAUUGUCGAUGGCGAGAAAUCUUCAAUGGGCAACGAAAAGCCUAUGUGGACCUACAGUGCCAUGUAGGAUGCUCCACUCAGACACGCCUCCACCCCACUUUGACGGUUUCAGAAAGAAUAGUACAGGCGAUGCCAUGGUUACAGCAAAGCAAAAUAGGGAUUCAAGAAAGAUGUUCACCUAUGUGACAACUGCAGUCGGAGUGGUCGGAGGCGUGUAUGUAGCCAAGCACUUGGUGCGGUCCUUGAUUGGAUAUGUCGCCCCACCUAAAGAUACUAUUGCCAUGGCAACCGUUGAGGUCAAUCUCCUGGAUAUUCCUGAGGGUAAGAGCACCAUUGUGAAGUGGCGCUCCAAGCCCAUCUUCGUCCGACACAGAACAGCGGAAGAAGCUGAGACAGAGAGGAGCGUCAACUUGGCAGAACUUCGUGACCCACAACAUGAUGCCGACAGAACCCAGAAGGAGGAUUGGCUUGUUGUCAUCGGGAUUUGCACACAUUUAGGGUGUAUCCCAGUAGCCAAUUCCGGGAAUUAUGGAGGAUAUUACUGUCCGUGCCACGGGUCCCAUUACGAUGUUUCGGGUCGGAUUCGACGAGGACCAGCACCACUCAAUCUGGAAGUACCUGAGCACAGUUUCCCAGAGGAUAACCUCCUUGUGAUUGGAAGUUGAAAACACAAUGGAUAGUAUUUAAUUUUAGGAAAUUUGUGAAUGUUCUUGUUUGUAUUACAUUGAAUCUGAAAGAAACUCUUGUGAAGUGUUUUAUUAUUCGCAUUACCAUCCAAGAUGUUCCUGACAUCUUCAAGAAUAAAGUUAUUAUGAUUGCGA